UCUUGGUUCAAGCAAGCCAUCCCAGUCGACUGUGGGAAGCUCGUAGUCGUAGCGGUGCCAAAGUACAGUGUUUCGUAUCUUGCCGACAUGAUGUGGCUGAUCACAGCGGCCCUUUGUUUCAUCACAGAUCUUUGCCCGGUUCGGUCAAAGCGCAUCUUGGUCCAGGACCAUGCAGCAGAAAGAAACGACUGGCAGAAUGAUCUGGAAGAUCUGCUUGAAGAGGCUCGAGCGAUGGUCCAAACAGCUGCGCGAAAGCUGGAACGGGGUGACGAGGAGGCGUUCGAGCUUGCAAAGAAGUGGUUUGGGCCGGAAGCUGCAGAUGACCCAAGUGUAGAGAAGGAGCUCUUAAGAGUGAUGAGGUCGACCACAAACGUCUUGAGCAAUUUUAAGGCCGUGAAGAA